CGCCUUUCCGUUCAUUCAGUCACUCCUUCGACACUCCUUACACUACUUUGAUAGUAGUGUGCCACUCCUUUUAUUCAUUCUCUUCAAUAUUCCAAAGCGCCUGCGCUAUAUCAACAACACGCACUUCUUUCACUUGACCCUUCCAUUCAAUCAACCAAACAAUCAUGUUCUCCAAGAUCUGGACUGCCCUGGCCCUUGCCGCUGUCAGUGUUCACCUUGCCGCCGCAAAGUCUGUUGUUGCGCAUUUCAUGCUCGACAACUCCUACGCCUACACGGUUGGACAAUGGAAGACCGAUAUGAAGGCUGCUCAACAGGCUGGCAUCGAUGGCUUCUCUCUGAACUGGAUCCCUCCGGACUGCAACUCUCCCAGCCGCAAGUGGCAAGUCGACCGUAUCGAUGAUGCCUUCCAGGCUGCUGAGAAGACUGGCUUCAAGCUCAUGUUCUCCUUCGACAUGAGCUACACGACCUGCAACAAAUUCUGGAACACGACCUUCAUGACCGACAUGAUCACCAAGCACGCUGGCAGCUCUGCUGCUAUGCGCUGGAACACCAACAUCCUUGUUUCGACCUACGCUGGCGACAAGAACGACGCAUAUGGCAAUCAGUUCUUCCAAGACCUCAAGGACUCUUGCAAGGGCGCAGGUCAUCCUAUCACUCUGGCUCCCGCUCUUGUCUCGUACGCACAGGCUGCCCAGACCUCCCCUGAAAAGUCGGCCGCCAAGAUGAUGAGCGACUACCCUGCUAUUGAUGGCUACUUCAACUGGCAAGCAUGGCCUCUCAUGGAAGCCAACAUGACCUGCACCGCAGACAAGGCUUUCAAGGCUGCACUCACCAAGAAUGGCAAGACCGGUCCUUACAUCAUGGCCGUCUCUCCCUGGCAAUACAAGGAUCUCAACAACGGCGUUGCUUCCGACUCCUGGGUCGCCUACUCGGACACCCUCUUCGCCCAGCGUCUCCACAGCAUCGCCAACAAUGAGUUUUCCCCCGACAUCAUCGAAGUGCUCACCUGGAACGACUUCUGCGAAUCUCACUAUCUUCGCGAUCUUCCCAGCAUGACCAACGUCAGCGCUACCGACUAUGUCACCUACAGCAACGGCAUGGAGAACUAUGUCGAGGGCAUGAACCACGCCCCUUGGCGCGUCAUGGCCAAGUACUACCUCAACCGGUGGAAGAACGGCAAGGCCCCCGUCAUCACCAUGGAUCAGGUCGUCUACUGGUACCGCGUUCACCCCAAGGCUGCCGCAUGUUACGGCGGCUCUUCCAGCAAGAUCAAGAACUACGAGUACCCCACCGAUGCAGUCUUUGCCUGGGCUCUGGUCAAGGACAAGGCUACCGUCUCGGUCAGUGUGGGCGCCAACCAGUACUGGGAGUUCGAGGCCGACUCUUCCGGCCCUGUUCUUUCCAUGAUUCCUUUCCCCAAGGACCUUGGCAUUGGCGGCACUACUCCUGAAGUCAGCAUCAACAGAAACAACAAGGUUGUGCAGUACUCCAAGGGUGGCAUGGCCAUUACAGCUUCUUGCAGCUGGAGCAACUUCAACGCCCACGUCGAACUCUGCGGCGAGGGUGUCAACAAGGGUCCCUCGUCUUCUUCUUGAUCUACGAUCUACCGAAUCAACGGUCCAACUACACGAAACCUCGAGACCUGCUGGGCAGACUCGAUCACACACACGACGACAUUGAAGGAGGGAAAAAAGCAAAUAACAUGACACACACACACAAACAAAUAACUUUCGAUUCUUGAUGGGGGAAGACUUUUAUGAACUGGUUGGGUUAGGA